UCAAGUAAGAAAUCACUAUAAAUUCAAACUCGUAGUGGCAAGAAGCAACAACUCUCUUUAUGUGGAGGUCGAGGACGAGGACGUGGACGUGGACGAGAACGAGCCAGUCAAAUCUCUCCUCAUUUCGAGAGAGAAAAUGGGGAGAAGUCCUUGUUGUGAAAAAACCGGUUUGAAUAGAGGCAAAUGGACCGCUGAAGAAGAUGGUAAAUUGGUUAGCUACAUCAAGGCCAAUGGCGAGGGCUCUUGGAGAUCACUACCAAAGAAUGCGGGUUUGUUGAGAUGCGGGAAGAGCUGCAGACUGAGGUGGAUUAACUACUUGAGAGCUGAUGUGAAGAGAGGGAACUUUACUGAACAAGAAGAGGAGACCAUUGUGAAGCUGCACAAGACUUUGGGGAAUAGGUGGUCCUUGAUUGCGAGCCAUCUACCGGGUCGAACCGACAACGAGAUCAAGAACUACUGGAACUCUCAUUUGAGCAGGACGAUAUACAGAUACAGGUUCAUAGGUGAAGCCACUCUCACUCAAGCAGACAUGAUCAAGAUAGCCCCCAAGAGCAGGUGUCGAGACCACAGGCGCGGCAAGAACGCAGCCCCCCCGGCCCAGCACCACGUGGCCAGCGCACAAGUGCCAGCUGAAGAAAGAAACGACGAGGGAAAGAGUGAUUCGUUCUCCAGCUGUGACACCUUGAGCACAAAGGGAUCGCCUGAUGCAUUAAUGCUCUCACCUAAUGAUGCACAGGAAGUGGAGGAGAUGUUAGGACCAUCGACUGAGAUUGACGCUGACAUAUUAAUGCACCUCAACAACUUCCCAGGAAACGAGAAGACGAACCAAUGUCGCGGCGAUGGAGACGGGUUCAUGGCCUACACGGCUGCCAGUGAGGAAAGGGAUUGUUGUGGCGAUGGUGGUUGGAACUCAAAUUUAGACCUUGCAAGCCUGUAUGAGUGUUUGUCGCCCAUCGUUUCCUAUUUCAAUGACGACGUGCUGCAGUGGGAUCGCAACGUAGCAGGGGGGGAGCAAGGCCUGUGGAACGAAGAGGACAACAUCUUGAUUUGGUCAUGAAAUUUCAUCAAGUCUGUGUUAAGCAGUUUCUUGAACUCAGUCUCUGUCUUUUCAUUCAUGAUCUCUUCACAAUGUGCAUGUUGAAUAAAGAAGCAAGAUUGCAAUGAGGCAGAUAUUGAAAUUGGAAAGAAGAUUAAUCAAUUAAAAUUUAAAAACAAAA